AUGGCUCUCGUUGAGUGCAUAGCACCAGCGUGUGUCAUGUCUUGGCUGCGUUUCUGGGGCCCAUGGCCCCUCCUUACGUGGCAACUAUUGUGUCUACUAGUCAAGGAGGCUCAGCCUCUGGUGUGGGUCAAGGACCCGCUCCAGCUGACCUCUAACCCCUUGGGGCCACCUGAGCUCUGGUCUUCCAGCUCCUCCCAUCUCCCGUGGGAAUCUCCCCAUGCGCCUGCUACCCCAGCAGCCCCGGGGGACUUUGAUUAUCUGGGGCCCUCUGCUUCUUCGCAGAUGUCAUCCCUGCCCCAGGAAUCGACUGAAAAUUUGGCUCCAUUCCUGGACACGGAUUCAGCUGGAGAGCUGCUCCUGGGGCCAGAGCAGUUCUUGGCUGCACAUCAGGAUGUAAAUGACAAGCUGACUCCACAAGAAAGGCUCCCAGAGGUGGUUCCACUGCUGGACCGGGAUCAGAACCAGGCCCUAGUUCAGCUUCCUCGCCUCAAAAGUAAGGUUCAAACUGCAGAUCUAGAUCGGGCUGCAGGUCAUCAGGCAGAUGAAAUACUUGUUCCACUAGACAGUAAGGUUUCAAAACCAACCAAAUUUGUUGUUUCGCCCAAGAACCUGAAGAAAGAUCUAGCUGAGCGUUGGAGCCUUGCUGAGAUUGUUGGGAUUCCACACCAGUUAUCCAAACCUCAGCAUCAGAAGCAGACUUUGCAGGAUGAAUAUUCGGGUAUGGACACACUGUAUCCCGGCAGCCUGCCUCCAGAACUCCGGGUGAAUGCAGAUGAGCCUCCAGGGCCUCCUGAGCAAGUUGGACUUUCUCAAUUCCAUCUAGAGCCCAAAAGUCAAAAUCCAGAGACCCUUGAAGACAUCCAGUCCUCUUCACUCCAGGAAGAAGCCCCAGCGCAGCUUCUACAGCUCCCUCAGGAGGUAGAACCUUCAACCCAGCAGGAGGCCCCAGCUCUGCCUCCAGAGUCCUCUAUGGAGAGUCUAGCUCAAACUCCACUGAAGCAUGAGGUGACAGUUCAACCUCCAGGUGAGGAUCAAGCUCGUUAUGACUUGCCCAACAUUACAGUCAGACCUGCAGAUGUGGAGGUUACCAUGACUUCAGAGCCCAAAAGUGAGACAGAAUCUUCCCAAGCCCAGCAGGAGGCCCCAAUUCAGCCUCCAGAGGAAGUGGAACCUUCUGCAACCCAACAGGAGGCCCCAACUGAGCCUCCAGGUCCUCCUAUGGAGCCUGAACUUUCCCCCAGUGAACAGGAGCAGCCAGCUCAGCCUUCUGAGUCUUCUGGAGAGGUUGAAUCUUCUCCAGCCCAGCAGGAGGCCCCAGCUCAGCCCCGUGAACAUUAUGAAGUCCCAGUUUCACCUCCAGGUCACCAUCAAACUCAGCAUUCAGAUUUUCCCAAUAUUUCUGUUAAGCCUCCAGACGUGCAGCUCACCAUAGCAACAGAGCCUAGUGCAGAGGUGGAAACUUCUCCAGUCCACCAGGAGGCUACAGCUCAGACUCCAGAUCCCCCUAAGGAGGCAGAACCUUCUCCAGUCCAGCAAGAGUUCCCAGCUGGGCCACCAGAGCCCCCUAAGGAGGCUGAACCAUCUGCAACCCAGCAGGAAGCCUCAGGUCAUCCUCAGAAGUCCACUGAAGAGGUCAGUCCUCCACCACAGUGGGAGAUACCAGCUCAGCCAUCAGAGCCAUCUGAGAAGGUCGAACCAUCUCCAGUCCUACAGCAGGCCCCAACUCGGCUUUUAGAGCCACCUAAACAGGUAGAAUCCUCUCCAGUCCAGCAGGCAGUCCCUGCUCAGUCUUCAGACCCUGCUCUGGUGAUAGAACCCUCUCUGACCCAGCAGAUGGCCCCAUCUUUGCCUCCAGAGUUCCCUCAGGAGGUAGAACCAUCUGUAACUCAGCAGGAGGUUCCAGCUCAGAUUCCAGAGCCCCCUGUGGAGGCAGAACCUUCUGUGACCCAGCAGGAGGCCACAGUUCAGGCUCCAGAGGCCCCUAAGGAGGUAGAACCUUCAAGGCAGCAUAUGGUCCCAGUUCAGCUUCCAGAGCCACCUAAGGAAGUUGCAGCUCAACCUCCAGCUCAUUAUGAGGUGACAGUCCCAACACCAGGCCAGGAUCCAGCUCAGCAUUCAACAUUGCCCAGUGUCACUGUUCAACCUUUGGACCUGGGACUUACCAUCAUUCCAGAAUCCACAACAGAGGUUGAAUUUUCUCCAACCAUGCAGGAGACCCCAACUCAGCCUCCUAAGAAAGUUGUACCCCAUCUUGCAUAUCAAGAGGUAACAAUUCCAACACCAGGUCAGGAUCAAGCUCAGCAUCCAAUGUCACCCAGCAUUACAGUUCAAUCUUUGGACCUGGGACUUACCAUCACUCCAGGACCCACUAUGGAGGUUGAACAUUCUAUACCCCUGAAGAGGACUAUAGUUCCUCCAAAGCACCUUAAGGUGACACUUCCACAUCCAGACCAGAUUCAGACUCAGCAUUCACACCUGACUGAAGCCACAGUUCAACCUUUGGAUCUGGGGCUUACCAUCACUCCAGAAUCCACAACAGAGGUUGAAUCUUCUACAGCCCUGACGACAACAGCUCCUCCUCCAGAACACCCUGAGGUGACACUUCCACCUUCAGACAAGGGUCAGGCUCAGCAUUCACACUUGACUGAAGCCACAGUUCAACCUCUGGUCCUGGAGCUUAGCAAAACUACGGAGCCUACUACAGAGAUUAAACCGUCUCCGACCACGGAGGAAACCUCAGCUCAGCCUCCAGACCCGGAGCUUGCCAUAACUCCAGAACCCACUACAGAGAUUGGACAUUCCACAGUCCUGGAGAAGACUACAGCUCCUCGUCCAGACCAGGUUCAGACUCUGCAUCGAAGCCUGACUGAAGUCACAGGUCCACCUACAAAGUUAGAAUCUUCGCAGGAUUCAUUGGUGCAGUCUGAAACUGCACCAGAGGAACAGAUGGCCUCCACAAGCACCAACAUAUGUGAGCUCUGUACCUGCGGAGAUGAGACUCUGUCAUGUGUUGAUCUCAGCCCAAAGCAGAGGCUCCGCCAAGUGCCUGUGCCAGAGCCCAACACCUACAAUGGCAUCUUCACCACCUUAAAUUUCCAAGGAAACUAUAUUUCAUAUAUUGAUGGAAAUGUAUGGAAAGCAUACAGUUGGACCGAAAAACUAAUUCUCAGUGAAAAUUAUUUGACUGAAUUACAUAAGGAUUCAUUUGAAGGCCUGCUAUCCCUCCAGUAUUUAGAUUUAUCCUGCAAUAAAAUACAGUAUAUUGAAAGACAUACAUUUGAAUCGCUACCAUUUUUGCAGUAUAUAAAUCUGGGCUGCAAUUUAAUUACAGAACUGAGCCUUGGAACAUUUCAGGCCUGGCACGGAAUGCAGUUUUUACACAACUUAAUUCUCAGUCGCAAUCCUCUCACUGUUGUCGAAGAUCCAUAUUUCUUUGAACUGCCGGCAUUAAAAUAUCUAGACAUGGGAACAACGCACAUCACACUUACAACACUUAAGAACAUUCUCAUGAUGACUGUUGAACUGGAAAAACUGAUCUUACCUAGCCAUAUGGCCUGCUGCCUCUGCCAAUUUAAAAAUAGCAUUGAGGCUGUCUGCAAGACAGUCAAGCUGCAUUGCAACACUGCAUGUCUGACUAACAGCGUACAUUGUCCUGAAGAAGCUUCUGUAGGGAAUCCAGAAGGAGCGUUCAUGAAGGUGUUACAAGCCCGGAAGCAGCACACGAGCACUGAGCUGACUAUUGAGUCGGAGGCGCCCUCAGACAGCAGUGGCAUCAAGUUGUCAGGCUUUGGGAGUGAGCAGCUAGACACCAAUGACGAGACUGAUGUUAUCAGUGCACUAAGUUACAUCUUGCCUUAUUUCUCAGCAGGAAAUCCAGGAGACCUGAGACCUCAAGAAAACACUCUUCUGGAAGUAUUUGCUCCUUCAGAACAUUUUAUAGAAAAUACGAAUGUAAAAGACACAACUGCAAGAGAUGCCUUUGAAGAAAACGUUUUUAUGGAAAACACUGUUAUGCCAGAAGGCACCAUCUCUGAAAACACAAACUACAAUCAUCCUCCUGAGGCAGAUUCCACUGGGACUGCAUUCAACUUAGAGCCAACUAAGACAAAAUGGGAAUACAACAACAUGGGCACUGACCUGUCCCCUGAGCCCAAAAGCUUCAAUUACCCAUUGCUCUCGUUCCCAGGUGAUCAGUUUGAAAUUCAGCUAACCCAGGAGCUACGGUCCCUCAUCCCCAACGAGGAUGUGAGAAGGUUCAUGUCUCAUAUUAUCCGGACCUUGAAAACGGAAUGUUUACAAACGCAUGUGCAAGUGACCUGUGCCAAGCUCAUGUCGCGAACAGGCCUCCUGAUGAAGCUUCUCAGCAAGCAGCAGGAAGCAAAGCCAUCAAAGGCAGAGUGGGAUACGGACCACCAGAAAUCUAAUUAUAUUAAUGAGAACAUGGAACACAGUGAACAGAAACAGCAGAAGUCAAGUGAGCUCAUAAAAGAAGUUCCAGGAUAUGGCUAUAACAACAAACUCAUCUUGGCAAUAACUGUGACUGUAAUACUAACAAUUUUGAUUAUAAUUUUUUGUCUUAUUGAGGUAAGGACAAUAAUUAAUUCAGGUUUUCAGAAUACAAUCCUGUCUUUGUGUGGAUUCAGAACCCACAAACUGAAAAUCAACAUCACUUUCCCACUUGACAUUCUUCUUCUGUUGUUUAAGGCUGAGGUAUGCUUUGUUCUUUUACUGCAAUGUAUAUUUCAGGAUUUUUAAAGGAUCCUCGCUUCCAGGAGAUCUCUGUGAAAUGAAACCAAGUUAAUCCCACUAGACUAUUUUAAGAAGUUAAGUUGGUAUAAUAGCAAAAUUUCUCCCACCCAAAACUGUGUCAACAAUUGGAUGUACUACGGAGUCACCCCUUACUCUGCCACUAAUUUAUUUCCUUGUUGCUUAAAUGAUGAGAGACAUAUAAUCUCUACCCUCAUGGAGUUGUCAUCCUGGAGAGGAAGAAGACAGCCAAGAGAGAGAAGUACUGUCUUGUGGACUUAUUAGAUUCACAUAGUAUCAGACUUCUCCAGUCUGUAAGGUGUUGUCUAAAUAGGUCCAGUUAAAGCACUACAGGGUAGCCAUUUUUUAAAAAAAUUUUUGGCCACAUUUUUAAAUUCAUAGGGGAGGGGGAAUGUCUCAUACACCAGCCCUCCUGAGCCUAGGCCCUCUGUGAGAUGUGUCACCAUUUCUUGGACACCAUAUGAGACAUUCCCCCUCGGAUUAGAGAUGCUCAACCUGCAUCAACAUAUCUAAAGCCUGCAUCUGGCUACUCUGGGGCGAGUCCUGUUUACAGUGCCCAUUCCUGGAGAUUGCCUCUUUUUGCCUUUUGUUUGAUUAUGUGAUGUAUUACUUUUUCCAACAGGCCAGUGCUAGCAUACUGGAAGAGUGAUUUAAUAAGGUAGCAACCUUGAUGCUAUGCUCCUAAUCCAAUCUUAUUUGCCUCAUUUACCACUUUCAUUAUUGUGGUAGCCCUCCAUUCCAGCCAGAGCAGCCCCUCACCAUACCCCAGUCACACCAUCCCCAUUUCUGCUCUUGUCUGUGCCUUUGUCCAUCUAAAAUUGCCGUAUUUCCCUCUGCCUGUGGGAGUCCUGUGAAUCUCUCCAAAGCCAACUCAGUUCAUCUUUCUGCUUGAAACCUUCCCUGAAUAGGCCAGGUGCGGUGGCUCACGCUUGUAAUCCCAGCACUUUGGGAGGCCAAGGCGGGUGGAUCAUGAGGUCAGGAGAUCGAGACCAUCCUGGCUAACACAGUGAAACCCCAUCUCUACUAAAAAUACAAAAAAUUAGCUGGGUGUGGUGGCAGGUGCGUGUAGUCCCAGCUACUUGUGAGGCUGAGGCAGGAGAAUGGCGUGAACCUGGGAGGCGGAGCAUGCAGUGAGCCAAGAUCGGGCCACUGCACUCCAGCCUGGGGGACAGAGCGAGACUCUGCCUUAAAAAAAAAAAAAAGAAACUUCCCUGAAUAUUCCAGCCCUCCUGAGCCUAGUCCCUUUGUGAGAUUUGUCCCCAUUUCUUGGACACCAUAUGAGAGAUUUCAGAGGCUGAAGUGGGAGGAUUGCUUGAGCCUGGGAGAUCGAGGAUGUAGUGAGCUGUGGUCAUACCACUGCACUCUAGCCUGGGCAAUAGAGCGAGACCUUGUCUCAAAAACAGCCACCACCAAAAACUAUCUUGGGACUUGAAUAGGAUUACCUUAAAUUUAUAGAUUAAUUUGAGAAUUGACAUCUGUAUGACAUUCUAGAACAUGGUAUUUCAUGUCAUGUAUUCAUUUCUUGUUAAUGUCUUUCAGAAGAGUUUUAGGGUUUCCAUCAUAUAGAUCUUACACGACUUUAGUUAAAUAACAGAUCUUUGUAUUUUUGUUCAUAAAUACUUUAGACAUUUGUAUUACCAUUGUAAAUGGGAUCUUUCAUCCAUUUUCUAGUUAUUGGUGGUACAUCUGAAAGGUAUUUGAGGUUUGUGUGCUGCUCUCUUGAUUUUGUUUCUAGCCACCGUACUGAAUUUUCAUAUUAUUUCCGGUAAAAUCUUAGUUGAUUGUCUUAGGCUUCUUUGGCUAACAUUAUUUUAUAUGCAAAUAAUGAUAGUUUUGUCUCUUCCUUUUCAAUACUUACGCUCUUUCCUUCCUUUCCUUUUUUUUUUUUUUUUUCUU